AAGUUUCAACCCUAGAAACGAAACCCUACCUUCUCUCACAUACUGAGAUUCAGCUUCUUCAUUUAAACGCCGGAAUCUAGGGUUUUUUCUUUCUUGCGUCGGCUGCAAUGGGUAAAGGAACGGGAAGCUUUGGAAAGAGGAGGAACAAGACUCACACUCUCUGUGUGAGGUGUGGACGCCGCAGCUUUCACAUUCAGAAGAGCCGCUGCUCUGCUUGCGCCUUCCCCGCCGCUCGCAAGAGGACGUACAACUGGAGUGUGAAGGCCAUCAGGAGGAAGACGACUGGCACAGGAAGAAUGAGGUAUCUCCGCCAUGUUCCUCGCAGGUUCAAGACCGGUUUCAGAGAAGGCACUGAAGCCAAGCCAAGGAACAAGUCAGCAACCUCAUCGGCCUAAGCCAUUGAAGUAUCUUUUUAUGUUUUUUUUGUCCACUUCAAAGCUUUUGGACAUGGAUGGAAUUACUACUACCUUUAGAAGGCCUUCUGUACGUUUGUGUUUUGCCAAAAAAACAAAGAUUUCUUCUCCUGUCGGGUUCAUCCCAUGUGGCUUAAUCACCUGCAGAUUGGAAAUUUGGCAUCUUCAGGUAAAGUCAAUAGAAAUCUUUCUACAGGGAUCUGUCAUAAGUUGCCCGGUUUAUGAA